UAAUCUAAUGAAUCGUGAUUUCACAAGUAAUGACUAUGAUUUACUACUGUCACUUGAUGAUAAUAUAAAUAACAAAGGUGCAACAAACACUGAAAUUAUAAAACUACCAGUCCAUAAAAUUGAUAAAAAUCAAGCCACAAACCCCGAAAAUAAUGGUCCAACUACCAAUGAAACAUGUUGUAUUUGUUUAUGCGAAAUGGAGAAUGGUGAAGAGGUGAGAACACUUCCAUGUAAACAUUUCUUCCAUGUUACUUGUAUCGACCAAUGGCUUAAAGUAAAUAAAGUUUGUCCUGUAGAUAAGAAAGCAAUAAAUUAAAAUUCAAUAUAGUUGGAAAUAUGUAUAUAAAGUAUAUUGUGUAAAUAUUUAUAAGAUACAUCAUUUCUAUGUUAUUUCGCUACCAACAAAAAAAUAAAUAAAAAAAAAAAAAAUAAAAAAAAAAAAAAAAAAAAAGUUAUUAUUUGUAAAUAAUAAUAAACACCUCUUUAAAGAU